GAUAUGACAACCGAUUAGCUUGUUAUCGUACAGUCUUCAUUCAUUUAUUAUAUAUAUUAGAUAAAAUCCAACUAGUAAAACAUCCCAAAGAGUCAUUACGUCCAGAGACAUGUUCUGUGUUAAACAGUAGUAUCUGGUCAUUACCUAUGCUAGAAGCCAAUGCGAGGCUGUUUAUUGACAAGGCAAUCAUUUAUUAGCUCGCCGGUGUAAGUGUUCUUUGUUAGAGAAAGAUGCUUUGUUUGUCCAAAAUCAGCUAAUUUCUGUAUAUGGAUGGUGGAUUCGGGGAACAACGAGUCAGAUGUCGCUUAUGUGAUUGUACCGAUUCAGGUUUAUGACAUGUAACCCUGGAUUCAGCUGUUAUAAAACAUUGAGUGAACAAUGAAGAAAAAGAAUCGACCAGCAACCACAAAUCAUGUGGUUCCCUCGGACACUAUCAUUCCUGAGACUCCUGAAACCAAACGUCCAUCAGGAUCGUCUCUUUCCAAUGUCCUUUCUGACUCGGACUCUGAUAUUGAGAUAUCAGGCAGUUCCAUGAUGCCAGACAGGCAAGGAGAGGCUGAGAAAAAAGCAUUAUCAACUGAGGUGAAGAUGGACAAAAUUCAGAAGCACAGCAGUACAACAAUAUGUACCUCACAACACCCACAAACAAGCCAGAAGCAAUCAGAAAUGGUGACCGAGAGUGUACACCCCUCAUCCACGCAGACAUCUGGGAUGGCAGUGCCUGUUUCGGUCCAUGAGACACGACAGCAGCAAAUGUGUGGCACUUCCCAGGAGAGUGACUACUCCCAUCACAGCAAAAAGAGGCAGGCUUCAGCGAUGGAUGAUUCAGAGGAGGAGGAGCCUGAGAUGACAUCUAAAGAUCAGGAACGUAUGCUCAGAAGACUUCAGAGGAAGUUCCCCCAUCUGAACAAGAACGAACUCAGGGAUGUCCUUCAUGAACAUUGCUGGCUCUUUGAGGAUGCCUUAGAAGCACUACGAAUGUUCUCUGACUCUGUGGUUGAAUCCGAGGAUGAUGACUCGCAAAUUACUGCCCAAAGCACAAGACGGGUUGCAAACACCCGGCAACAAACUCAGGCUGUCCAGCGCCCCGACAUACCCCAACCAAAAUCAUGCAGGCCUCUUAAUAGGACCAAAACAUCUCAGAGGAGCAGAAUGCAGUCGGUAGUGAGCUCAGAAGAUGAGUGCAGUGACUCUGACGCCUCUUCUGAGAAUGCAUUGCUGGACUCUGACUCGGACCAACCAGAUGAGACUUUAUCUAAACUUAAAUCCGAGAUCCUCAGCUUUUUUCAGACCGCCUCUGUGGAUGAGCUCACACUCAUCGCAGGAUGCUCUUUAAAGAAAGCCCAGAAAAUCACCGAGCUGAGACCAUAUAAAACAUGGGAAGCACUGGAUGAUGUUAUGCACAGAGGCAAUGGUCUUUCCACUGAGCUGCUGGCAGGAUGUCGUGAUGUUCUGAAGGAAAGAGAAGUUGUAAAGGGCCUCAUGAGCAAGUGUGAGGAAAUCUCAGAAAAACUGGUCCAAGAUGUGACCCAAGUGUUUAACAAGGGUCAGGGUUCCAUGAGCCAGCCGCAGAUCCUCAGCAGCACAUUCCAGUUGAAACCGUACCAGCUGAUUGGACUGAACUGGCUGGCUUUACUGCAUCAGAAUAAACUGAGUGGAAUCCUGGCAGAUGAGAUGGGUUUGGGGAAGACCAUCCAGGCCAUCUCAUUCCUGGCCCACCUCUACCAGGAAGGACACCAUGGACCUCACCUCAUCACCGUUCCUGCCUCUACACUUGAUAAUUGGGUCCGAGAACUGAAACUUUGGUGCCCCAGUUUUAAAGUAUUGGUGUAUUAUGGGUCUGCUGAGGACAGAAGGUAUAUGCGCUAUGAGAUUCUGAAUCAAAUAGUGGAUUACAACAUCAUAGUGUCAACUUACAACCUGGCUAUUGGAAAUAAUAGUGACCGCAGCCUGUUCUGCAAGCUCAAACUGGAGUAUGCAGUGUUCGAUGAAGGCCACUUACUGAAGAACAUGAACUCGCUCCGCUACCGACACCUCAUGGCCAUCAAUGCCAAAUAUCGUCUGCUGCUUACAGGAACACCACUGCAAAACAACCUAUUAGAGCUCAUGUCCUUGCUGAACUUCAUCAUGCCCAACAUGUUCUCCAGCAGCACUUCACAGAUCUCCAAGAUGUUUUCCAUGAAGUCCUCUGAGGAGCAGAGCAGCUUUGAGAGGGACAGGAUAGCCCACGCCAAACUCAUCAUGAAACCCUUCAUCCUCAGACGUGUGAAGAGCGAGGUGCACCAUAGCUCUCCAUCUGCAUGCAUGGUCCUAAAGCAACUGCCUGCCAAGGAGGAACAGAUAGAAUUUUGCGCCAUGUCCGAGAGGCAGCAGAAACUCUACAGUGCUCUCUUCAACAAACUCAAGAGGUCCAAUAAUGGAGAAAAACGCGAGCUGACAAAUGUGAUGAUGCAGCUGAGAAAGAUGUCCAACCAUCCACUUCUUCACCAGCAGUAUUAUACAGCUGAAAAACUUAAAGCCAUGAGCAAACUCAUGCUGAAGGAGCCGAGUCACCGUGAUGCAGAUCCAGCUCUCAUCAAAGAGGACAUGCAGGUGCUGUCUGACUUUGAAUUACACGGUCUCUGCCAGCAGUAUUGUGCUCUGCAGGAAUACCAGCUCGACACAGACACACUGCUGGACUCAGGGAAGCUCAGUCUCCUCUCACAGCUACUCAGCUCCCUAAAGGAGAAGGGUGAUCGAGUAGUGCUCUUUAGCCAGUUCACAAUGAUGCUUGACAUUUUGGAGGUGUUCCUGAGACACCAUAAGCACAGAUACAUCCGACUGGAUGGCUCAACCCCCAUGAGUGACAGAAUUGGGUUGAUUGACCAGUUCAACACUGAUACGGACAUCUUUGUGUUCCUGCUGUCCACCAGAGCUGGAGGGCUGGGCAUUAACCUGACCUCGGCCAAUGUGGUCAUUCUUCAUGAUAUUGACUGCAACCCUUACAAUGACAAACAGGCUGAGGACCGCUGCCACCGGGUGGGACAAACCAGGACAGUGAAGGUGAUCAAGUUGAUAAGUAAGGACUCCAUAGAGGACGCCAUGCUCCGCAUUGGAGAAAGAAAACUUAAACUAGAGCAGGACAUGACUGCUACUCAGGAGGGCGAUGAGGACACAUUUCCAGAUGACAUGACCUCACUGCUCAAAGCUUCUCUUGGACUCUGAGAUCUAGAUCAGACUCGAAGCAUACUAUGAUAUUGUGACACUUGACUGUAUUUGAAAAUAGUACUGUAGAACAUUGAAGUGGGAUUUCCCUAUACUACCUGCAAAAAAACUAAAAAAGGUGAGGUUAAGAGGAGCAAAUAUGUUUACAUUUUUAUUGUACUUGGCUGAAAUACUGUAAUAUGCUGUGUUGUAUGUUUAUUUUAGUAUUUUUGUAUGUAUGGAGGUUUUACAUUUGCAUUUGUUUGAUUUAAGUGAAAACAAUUGUUGUAAGUUAUGUUGGAUUUCUUGUUUCCAGAGUUACCAGUAAGCUCAUACUUGUCAUUUGUUUGUGAGUUUUAAUUGUCUGCCGAAAGGUAAAAAAAAUAAAAUAAAAGACUU